UUAUAUUCAAACGCCAACAACGCUACUAAACUAGCCGGGACCACUGUAGUAUGAAACCUAGGUCUAUGGCCGGGACGAUCACCUCUAAUUCUCACGUUUUGUCAUAUUGACAAUUGACAUUUUUGAGAGUUCAGAACAGCCAUUUUAAUUCUAAACUGUUUUGGAAUUGGAAUUUUGAAUUGACGACGAAGUUGUAUUAUGUUUUAAGUUUUAUGUGUUUAUGGGUGAAAUUUUACUACAAACGUAAAAAUAUUGUUCACAGCGAGCGAACUUUAUAUUCAUGUAUAAAUAGAGAUUAUACAAGCAAUUUCUAAAACAACGUAACAGUACGUUGUUAUGAUUCGUUGAUCAGCCUCUGGAAAUUAUUUGCUAAAAGUUGUAAGCUUCAAUAGGAUCAUGCAAUCUCCGAAACAAGCAGAUUGUGACACAGUGGAGUACUGGAAAAAUCUAGCAGAAUGCUAUGAACAGAAAGUGAACGACAUUCAGCAAGAAUUAGAUGAAUACACAGAAAAUUCGGCUCAGUUGGAAAAGGAAUUGGAAGCAUCAUUAGGGCAAGUUGAAAAGCAGAACAGAGAUCUGGAACACCAAAAUCAACGCCUUAAAAAUGAAAUUGAAAUGUUAAAAAACAAGCUGGAAAGAAGUCAAUAUGAGACUAAUGCUUUAGAAAAUGAACUACAAGCUUUAAAGAUAGAUAAGGACAAGCAGGCAGCAUAUGUGAGGGAAUUGGAACAAAAGAACGAUGAUCUGGAAAGAGGUCAAAGAGUCAUAUCAGAAUCCGUAUCGUGUAUAGAAACAAUGUUAAAUGAAGCAUAUGAGAGGAAUGCAGUUCUUGAAAAUGAAGUUGAUGAAAUAGAAAAUCUUAGGAUAAAAUUGCAGAGAGCAAAUGAUGAAGCUAGAGAUCUGAAACAAGAAUUAAAAGUUGUUGAAAGAAUUCCGUCAAGUAAGAAAGAGGAAGAUGAAAAUGAAACAACAUUAACGAACGGACAUCUUUCAAAUUCAACUCGGAAUCAAGUUGAGAUUGAGACACAAACAUCCAUUAUGUCACCACAAAAACGGGAAAUAAAUGGUAACGCAAUGACACCAUCGGCCAGAGUUUCAGCAAUAAAUUUAGUUGGUGAUCUCCUUAGGAAGGUUGGGCUUGAGAGGUUUCUUUGCCGUGAUUGUGGUAAGAUUAAAUGCUCCUGCAAUACACCAGCUGCAGCCACUAAUCAACCGACACAGGCCACAAGCGAACCGGACCUAAAGCCAGAUAGGAUCCCCAAUAAUUAUGAAUUGACCAAAAGUGAUUCCGUGGAAUACAGAAAACCUAGACUGUAUACGCGACAAUUCUCGGGCCCUGAGAAUACGAGUGACGUUUCAGUGAAACAGCCUCAUUGUCCGCAAAGAGCUUCGGAGCAGCCGUUUGCGCGUUCGACGCAAGGCGAAAAUGGGAAGUUGCGAAAAUCCUUUGCCGUGCGUUCGCGUGAGGGAUUAGAAAACAUCUUAAGUUUUGCAUCUAUGAGAAAAAAUCAUGACCAAGGAAAACUCAAGCAAACGUCGAAAUAAUAAAAUUCACAAUUUUUAUUUAUUUCGAUUUCAAUCCAAGCUUUAUUCGAACAAAACGUACAUUUAUUUCAAUAGCAUAAAGUUUUAUGUGUAGGUUAAUUUGUUAAUAUUGAUAACGUAUAAUUAUAGCCUUACCGCCUAACUGUAGUGAUGAUAAAGUGUGAGUGAGUGAGUCUGGUAACGAACUCUGUGACCUAUGCCAUAAAAAAUCUGAGUUUGUUGCGCAGUGCGGAGUAGUGACCUACUUAACCUACCUAGCGAUUGCUAGUAGCCCAAGGGGUUAUUCCAGCUACGCGCGUACGGGUAGGUGAGCUCACGGGCUUAACCUCAGAGAAUUUUCUAACACUAGCCCUAGCAAAAGCAGUGUUUCGCAGAGUCUACCACCGUAUCGGAAUCGCGACCCACUGAGAAGAUCCGGCGAGAAACUGUGCUUAGUGCGAGUUUUUUAACGUUCUCGAUAGCGUAAAAGCUAACCCAAUUUCGUAUGCAGUUGGAACAGCGCCCCUAACGGCAAAGGAAGGCAAACGAUCCCCUUCCAUACUAAUAUGAGCUAACUUUUACGCUAUCGAAACCGUUAAAAAACUCACACUAAGCACACUGAGUGGGCUGGGUAGUAAUGUUGAGCUCCACACGACAUAUGUACUUGCGACAAUUAUUUCAUAUUAUACAACAACAAACACAUACCCAUGUGGUCAGUUGUUUUAUUGUGCUCAAGCACAUCUUAAUACAGCACAAGAAAUUGUAUCCAAAUUAGAUGAGAAAUAAUUGUGGAGUUAGUCGUGUACAAACUCAUAAUAAGUUAAUGAUCAUAAAUAUAUAUAUGUAAUCGAUUUAGUGUUUGUCAUAGACAAAUGUGACGUCACUACGCCUCCCUCUGGGCUCACAAACAUCAAAUUCAAGAAUGGUUACCCGGUUAUGGGCAUGUAGAAAAAAUUGGUUUAUAAUAAUAUGAUAAACACAUAAUAUUUAAGUAUUUCAUAAGUAGUUUCAAUGUGGCCAUUAUAACUAUUUGUAUUUUAAGCCUUGUGUAGUAUAAUCUAUUAUAUAUGAGUCGACUAUUAUCAAAGCCGGCAAUGUGACUUUUGGACAAUUAUUGGUAAAUCAGAAAAACGAAUUAUUGACUUUGUAUUCCAUUGGCAGUCACAAAACUCUUCUGAACGACAUCUUAGAUAAAUAACAGGUUAAGUAUUAACCUUUAUUUAAUGCAGGUUUUGAACCGUAUUCUUUGAAGGAGACGAUUAUAUUCAAAUCAAUCUGUAUUGACAUAUCAAUAAUAUUUUUUUGUCCAAAUGAACAGAUUGCCACCUUUGAUAAUAGACGACUCAUAUAGUAGAUUGGUAAUAACAUCUUUCGUUUAGUCUUCGCAGGUAAAGGGUUAAUUCUAAACGUUUUCGCUUCGCUUCUUCUAUUGGUUUUCAACAAGUGGUGGUUAAAAUUACACAUUUUCCAUUCCUUUCACUUACUAAUAUUAACGUCACAUUCAUGUAUGAAAUUUUCUCAUUGUAGGCUUUGGAAUCGAAAUUAGCAUCGUGUCGUGGUACAGUUAGACCUAAAGAGCAUUCACCAAACACGACCUCGGAAGUCAAUAAGGACUACAGAUGUGUACUCAAGAAUUAAGAGAAUCCGUAACGCCAUCCAUUCAUCUACAUUUUUUGUGUCUGCAACAGGCCGCCGCAACUCUGGCUUGUGUUAUAGUGUGAUAUUAUAUUAAAUACAUAUAUCAAUCAGAUCAAACGAACGUAUAUUGCUUCAAGUUGUCGUUAAUACUAAAUAUUCAUGAAAAAAUUAAAAUCUGUGAUCGUCUAAUCACAUUUUCCUAAUAUACUAAUAAUAUCUGUGAUGAUCAAAUAGUUAAGUAUCGGAUGUGUUGAACGAUGUGUUUUUGGCCUACCCACCGCAGAUCCGACAGGACUGCAGCACGCCUUGUAGUGAAUAGCUUCGACACAUUGUGGUGUUUCUUGUAUGGUACUUGUGCGCGUGUGGAUUGUAUGACAAUCAUUACUGAUAAGAAUUCAGCAAGUUUAGGAUUCCCUCCAGUCGCACGAAAGUCAAGAGAGUCAUCGCUAAGAAAACACGCUAGUGUUGAUGAAGGAGUAUUUAAUAAUAACUUCAAUAUGAAUUUUUUGUAAGUCAUUGUAAAUGGGCAUAUAAAAUUAUUUUCGAAAGUGAUUUAGUGUAAAUAAUAUCGUACGUGAUCGGAGUAAGUAUGUUUGAAAUCGGUAUUCUGAUAAUUCUUUGUAAAAGUAUUUACUAUAUAAAAUUGAUUUUUAUUAUAUCAUAAUAUGCAUUAGCGAGUUAUAUUGUUCGUUCUACUUUUCAAAAAUAUAUAGUAAUUCUUAAAAGAAGAAGAAUGCAAUCCAAAAUUACAUCGACGUUUUCAAAUUUCCGAGUAAAAAAAUUUCGUCGUCUUUAUACCGUAAUGGAAACCUUUGAAAUAUUUAAUAGUAUGAUCUUGAAACGUUCCACGGCCAUCCUAUGAACUUUAUCGUAACUAACCCAACUUGCAUGCAUGUUUAUGUUGAUAUUUUCAUUCGUUAGCAUGGAAAUACAAUUAAUACUUACUGAAAUGUACUGGUUUUUAUCAUACUCGAAUAUUAUUUAUGAAAAAUAACAAAAAUUAGAAGUGCUAUAAUUUUAUAGCCGUUUGUCCCAAGUAAUCUUUUGUAACAAUCAUACAAAUAUGCUCAUAAGGUUUAGGUACGUAAAAAGCAAUGUUAAAUUUAAUAACUGACAAGUCUUGCCUUAAAAUGUUAAUCAUUUGAAGUUUAUAUGUAGAUGCAUAAUGUUAUAUACCUACAUAAUGUUAUUUCAGAUUACAUUUACUUUGGAAGUUGCAUUCCGUUUCAUUUUCAAUAAUAUCACUGGACUGCAAAUUUAGAAUUAGUUUUAUAUUAAUUUUUGUCUUCGUAACAGGUGUUUUUAUUUAAAUAAAUUCUGAAUCAUAUCCUAAGUUUUAGUGGUACGUUUAAAUAAAAUUUGGUUUAGGAUUUUUACAAUUGUACGAUAUCUGUGUAUUUGCCCAGUUUUGCUGCAAAUCGUUUUGUAAAGUAAGCAUUUAUGCAUUCACGCGUGUGGUGACCAACAAUUUUAUUUUUUGCGCAAUAUUAAAUAUUGAGAUAUUAAAAAAAAACUUGAUAAUAAAUCAAA